AUGUUAAUGUUAACAUUAAAAAGGUUUCUUUUUGGAAUUUUUCUGUUGGAUCAUCUUAUCAUAAGGAAAGGAUUUUCUGUUCAGUUUCUGAGCUAUGAUCCCGAAGAGAGAACUUUCUGGGAUGCUUGGAACAUCUGUCAAGUUUACAAUCUGACCCUUCCGGUUCUUGAAACUCGAGAGGACUACGAAGAUUUCUGGAAUUUUCUAACAACGUCAGAUAUGGACGAGUUGUGGCUAGGGUUACAAUGGAACAACCUAUAUGGUGGUUUCUAUCAGUGGUUAAAUGGAAACAUUCUUGGAAUACAAAACUGGGCGAUGUUCGAACCAAGAUCUCAAACUGGGCAGAGAUGUGUUUACGCUGGAUGGAAUCAGAAAUGGUUCACUUUACUCUGUUCAAGCAAUAAAAAGGUCGUCUGCUUCUACGAAGGUCACAGAUACAGAAAACCUAAUCACUCUAGAGCACCAACUGGCGUGGCUAACUACACUACAGCCUUUGAGGUCUGCCGGGAAACUGGUGGACGAUUGCCCGUGCUAGUUACACCCGCUGAUCAACGGCUACUAUUUUCAACACGUUACAGUGAUUUCUGGCUGGGGUUGGUAGAAAAUGAUGGUCAAUUUGUGUGGAUUACUGGAAAGAAACUGGAAAUGUAUUAUUGGACCAAUGAUGGCGGACCUGGUUUCCACGUGCGUGCUCAUAAACAUGAUUUUGACCCCUACGUUACCAUGCAUUCUCCGCCUGAGGAGUUUAAUCGUGAAACUGAACAUUUCUGUUGCCAAAAUAGAUCAAUUAAAAACGGUAAAAGGAUGUCGACACGUGGAGCCAUAAUUACUUCAGAUUGGUUGAAAGAAACGCCAUUCCCCUAG